GCGAAGCCGAGAGCUUUGAAAAUAAGACUUGUAAAGCUUGGCUUAUAUGUGUGUAAGGAGAUACUUUUCUGCAGGAUUCUGCCGCCUCUAGAGUGUCCGAAGCCUUGAUUUCUCUUGGACCAGGCCGGCGGUGCUCCUUGCGAGUGGAGAGGCGUUGUUGACAACUCUGCGAGCGUGUGCUCCGAACCCUCUCCGCUUUCUUUGCGAGAGGUUGUGGACCGCCUAUUUAUGUGGAGUUGAAUUAUAAUUCUGGUUCACCACUCGAUCGCAUGGGGUUAUAGGAGCUGUUUGGACGGUGACUUUGCAGCAACAGCUCAUAGAAUACACCCAUCAACUGGGAUUGUGAUCUAAACUCAAGUUCUAGCAAUCGACUGGAAAGAACAACAUUUCGCUUCUGGCGUGCGCUUGGUUCGUUCUGUUGGCUAGUGCUUUUCCAAGUUUUGGGAACUAAAUCACGAUUAGGAGGUAGUAAGCGUGAUAUUAUACUGUAUAGUGAGCUUGCACUAGGUAGGUUCUACAUCGGUAGUAUUUAGGUCAAGAUAUAUCUCUCGCCUUGUUGAGGCCGGCAAACUGAACUGUGCACUCCUUCUAACGUAAAUACUUCGCUGGCAUACUAUAAACAUGGAUGCUCAAAUUAAAAAAGAAGAACGCCAAUCGCUGCAUUCGCACGAUUCUAUAGACUUCAGUGUUGUUGCAGACUUCUCCGAUAUUUCCGUGGGGGAUUUGAAGCAGUUGAUGAAAUGCCGGGGUUUGGAAGCGAAAGAUCAUUUGGCCUCGACCGGAGGCCUGCAUGGACUUGUGAGAAAGCUUCAUACCUCCACCGAAAAGGGAAUUUCUGGCUUUCCCGAGGACAUCGAAAAUAGGAAGAGGGUUUUUGGGCCCAAUGUAAUUCCCCCUAAACCCCCGAAAACGUUUUGGGAGUUCUUGGUCGAUGCCUGCAAGGACACAACUUUGAUUAUUCUGACAGUAGCGGCAGUUGUGUCCCUUCUCCUAGGCAUUUUUGCUCCUGAAGAAUGUGGUGGCUCUGAAGCCAAUACCGGAUGGAUCGAUGGCUUUGCUAUCCUUAUUGCUGUUUGUAUUGUGGCUUUGGUAACUGCUGUGAAUGAUUACCAGAAGGAGCAACAAUUCCGAGGUCUCCAGAGUAAAAUAGAAUUAGAGCACAAAUUCACUGUCAUUAGAAAUGGUGAUGCAAAAGAAAUUCUAAACAGCGAAAUAGUUGUUGGUGAUCUAUGCCAGAUUAAGUAUGGAGACUUGCUUCCAGCUGAUGGUGUUGUUGUCCAGAGCAAUGACUUGAAAGUUGAUGAGAGCUCAUUGACUGGUGAGUCAGAUAUGGUCAAGAAAGGUGAGAAAGAUCCUCUAUUCCUGGCCGGUACACAUAUCAUGGAAGGAAGUGGAAAGAUGAUCGUAACAGCUGUUGGUCUAAACUCUCAAUCUGGAAUCAUAUUUACCCUACUUGGUGCCACACACCCUGACAAAAUUGAUUCAGGUGAUGACGCCCCACCCCAGUCCCCGGCCAUCAAAGGUGCCCCUGGAGAUGACUUUGAAGAUGUGAACCUUGAUGAUGACCAGGAAUCUUCAGAGAAUGGCAAGGAGAGAAAGGACAAGCAAGAGAAAUCAGUGUUGCAAGCAAAGCUAACCAAGCUUGCCGUGACCAUUGGAUGGUUCGGUGUUGCAGCAGCGCUCCUCACAAUCAUCGUUAUGGCCCUGCAGUUCAGUAUUCGCAAGUAUGUGAAGGAAAAAGCUAGUUGGCAAAACACGCAUCUAAAUGCCUAUGUGAAUGCAUUUAUUACUGGGCUUACUGUGCUGGUUGUGGCUGUGCCAGAGGGACUUCCUCUCGCUGUAACCAUAUCCCUGGCCUAUUCGGUAAAAAAGAUGCUGGAUGAUAACAACUUGGUGCGACAUCUUGACGCCUGUGAAACUAUGGGUAAUGCAACUGCUAUUUGCUCUGACAAGACAGGUACCCUCACAACAAAUAGAAUGACAGUUGUUCAGCUUUACACUAUGGGUCAACAUCAUAAAACUAUCCCAGAAAAUCCUAAGGAGUUCAGCCCAGAGUUGCUGGAAAUCCUCUGCAAGGGUAUUGCCCUAAACAGCAGCUAUGCUUCAAAUUGUGUGCCUCCCAAAGAUGGUGGGCGGGAAAUCUUGCCGAUGCAGGUUGGCAACAAGACAGAGUGUGCGUUACUAGGGCUAGUGCUUGAUCUUGGUGAUACUUAUCAGGAUUAUCGUGACAACAACCCAGAGUCUACCUUUGUCAAGGUUUAUACCUUCAAUUCCAGCCGUAAGUCCAUGUCUACAGCCAUUCGAAUGCCUGAUGGGGGAUAUAGGCUUUUUUCAAAGGGUGCCUCAGAGAUUCUUCUUAGCCGUUGUACAAGCAUUAUCGGCAGGAAUGGCCAGCCAGAGCCCUUCAGUAGCCAGGAUUGUCUUUCCUUGGUGCAGUCUGUGAUAGAGCCAAUGGCUUCUGAUGGAUUGAGAACCAUCUGUAUGGCUUACAGGGAUUUCCCACCAACCGAUGAUGACACCCCUCCUGACUGGGAUGAUGAGGCUGGUAUCCUCAGUGAAAUGACCGCAAUUGCUAUCGCUGGUAUUGAAGACCCUGUCAGACAAGAGGUUCCAGCAGCCAUCAAGAAGUGCCAACAAGCAGGCAUUGUUGUGCGCAUGGUGACUGGUGACAAUGUUAACACUGCUAGGUCUAUUGCUGGAAAGUGUGGAAUCCUGGAACCAGACAAGGACUUCCUCGUGUUGGAUGGCAAGGAAUUCAACAAGCUGAUCAGGGACAGCAACGGCAGGGUUAGUCAAAAGAAGUUUGAUGAGAUCUGGCCCCGUCUGCGUGUACUUGCUCGCUCAUCUCCAGAGGAUAAGUACACCCUAGUCAAGGGUAUCAUCGACAGCAAGCUCAACCCUGCCCGUGAGAUUGUCGCUGUCACAGGGGAUGGUACUAAUGAUGGACCAGCCCUCAAGAAAGCCGAUGUUGGAUUUGCCAUGGGUAUUGCUGGUACCGAUGUUGCCAAAGAAGCGUCAGACAUCAUCUUGACGGAUGACAACUUCCGCAGUAUCGUGAUGGCCGUGAUGUGGGGAAGGAAUGUCUAUGACAGCAUCUCCAAGUUCUUGCAAUUCCAGCUGACUGUGAACUUGGUAGCCAUAGUUAUUGCCUUCGUGGGAGCAUGUGUUGUCGAGGUGAGUCCCCUUACCGGUACACAGCUUCUGUGGGUGAACCUGAUAAUGGACUCGUUCGCAUCACUUGCUCUCGCUACCGAGCCUCCAACGGAAGAACUGCUGACUCGCAAGCCAUACGGGCGCACCAAGCCCCUCAUCACGCGUACCAUGAUCAGGAACAUUCUGGGCCACGGCGUCUACCAGAUCAUCGUCCUGUUCGUCCUCGUCUUCAAGGGCGCGGAGUUCUUUGACAUUGAAGACGGAUUCCUAGAGGAGACGCGCUGCAAGCCGACACAGCACUCUGCGGUGAUUUUCAACACGUUUGUCUUGAUGCAACUGUUUAACGAGAUUAAUUCGCGUAUGGUGCACGGGGAGAGGAACGUCUUCAAGGGCAUCUUUAGGAAUCCCAUUUUUGUUGGUAUCAUGGGUGGUACAUUCAUUGUCCAGAUUCUGAUCAUCGAGUUAACAGGCAAAGCUUUCCAUGUCGUCGGCCUGAACUGGGAGCAGUGGAUGUGGUGCAUCUUCCUGGGCUUCACCGAGCUGCUCUGGGGUCAACUGGUCCUCACCAUUCCCAAAGAGUCAUUCCCCAAACUUUGUCGAUUUGGUACAGAGGGCGUUCCAAUCGCUACCAUCAUAGAACCCGACGGUGCCAGAGACAGCCGUGCUAGGUUGCUAUGGAUACGUGGAUUGACGCGUUUGCAGCAUCAGAUCCGUGUGGUAAAUGCGUUCCGUAGUGCUAUUGACGGUGGCCGUAGCCAGCGUGCCAUCGCGUCUCCAGCCGUUUUCAACUCGCUGCUAGCUCCAGUGCGAACUGCUAUGGUGUAUGACGAUAAGAGGGGCUAUGGCGGCAGCUCACUAGACAGGUCUGAUGGGGGCGCACGGAAACAACCUUGCGCUAGCAUAGAAACAGCCAUGUAAACAGCGCGUGCUGGGCCAGUACUAAAGAAUAAAAGGCAACGAAUCACAUGCAUUUGACUAAAUGACGUUCGCAAAUCACGCGAACCAUUUUUAAGUGUUUGGUCUGCUUGAUGUAAGAGUUUUGGCCUUGAUUUGUCUCGCCCUUGGCUGCUGGCCCACACGCACCCCUUUUCUCUCCUGUUUCGUGCUCCAUGUGCAGGGGUUUAGCCUCCUGUCGUAUGACGUCUCUUCUCUGCUAAGUUCUCUAAACAGACGUCAGUUUUGUUUUACUUCAGUUGUCUUUCGAGCUGGGGUUCUAUCCUACAAACUGCACUGCACAAAUAGUUUACCCAGAUUUAAAAGUGCAGAGCACUGUAAUUUCAUGGUUUUGUUACCGAUACGGUUAAACGCACCUUACAUGUCACCUAACCCUAACCUGCCUGCUAUUCGGAUAGCACCUGGUGCUUGCUUCACUUAGGAGCACUGAGUAAUGAGCAAUGUCUUUGGGCACGCGAAUGCAUGGCGCCGUAGCGAAUCGCUCGUUUAGACGCCGCCUACAUACACACCGUACGUGGGGGCUUGAGAUAUUAAUAGACGCCACCCUCAAUUGAUACCCCAUUUGGGGCUUGCUGUCGAAUCCGUUGUAUCGCGACGUCGCAUUUUCAAAACAUCGAUUUGUUUUUGUCUUAUGGGAUUUUCUGUUCCGCCAGUCAAAUUAUUCUAAGCCAAUCAGAUUCUUGCCAUCUCUCGCCUAGUGUAGCUGCCUGGCUUUCUGUCGCGACACUGUUUGGUUUUCGCCCAGAGGAUAGCCAGGGAAGUGCACAAAGCUGGACUCUGAUUGGCCCAGAAUGGUUUAACUGACGGAACAGAAACCCAAAACAAAUCGUGUUUUGAAAACGCGGGUUGCGAUACAGCGGAUUCGACAGUAAAACAACAAUAAACGCAACCCUCGAUAAGACAUCGCCGAAUUAAUUACCGAGAGGACAAGGCAAUUAGCGAAAUGCAGGCCCAGGCCUUUUUCAUAGAACCCGGCUUCUGCGUCGUCUAAACGAGUAGAUAUGGGCUGCAACUGAACCCGGCUUCUCAGGGAUUCAAGCAUCGCGUGCUAACGUCUACUAACCCUUUGCUCACUUCAGCUCUAUACGUUUAUAUCAGCUAGGAGAAGGCGUCUAUAGUGUAGUCACUUAGGGACAACGUAGGGACAACAGUGAGUAGCUGACGGGAUAUCAAUUUGUGGUUCUUCGUGAUUUCCUCUAGUUUAUUAUAUUGGCGUAUUCGUGUUAUUAGUUUUCAUACUCGCAUAUUUUUUAUGCGAUCUCCUUGAGAGACAAAUCUGAACAUAUACGCUUUUUCCUUGUACUAUUUCCAAGAAACAUCCAUUGGGCUUGGAUAUGUAUGAUUAUAAUGAGUAUUCUUUCUUGGACAUUGUGGUGUGCGCGUAUGUGGGUGCUUAGUUUACUCGGUCGUGUUUGUAAUCCCAGCAGGCUGCUACUUGCAUGUAUUAGGUGUGUUACUUCAAUAUUUUUGUAUCUUGAAAAUGGCAAUGAAUUUUUUUCAUUUAGGAAUCAUUUAAAACGAUUUAUAUACUCGCUCACUAUAGGAAAUGUAUUGAGAUUUCUGGAAAUAUGAUUAAAAAUAUUGUUUUGAUCACCUUAGAUGUCCACGGAAUAUAUUAUUAGGUAUGGCAACAAUAUUUGGAGCUUUAUUGUAAUACGUGCUUUUGAUCUCCAUGUGUGAAUUUUGGAGAAAAAAAAUAUCGACAGGUUUAUUAUUAGGGUUUUAAUUUGUAGAAAUACCUAGGUAUAUUUAUUAAUAAUAUUUGUACAAUUGAUUGCAUCUGAUGUAAGGAUGUGGAUUACAAUGGCGAUGUUAAUGUGGCGGUGAUGGUGAAGAUAAUGGUUAUAGUUACGAUGAUGGUGAAAUUGAUGAUAAAAUUUAUAAUUGACCAGAGUAACGUAGACAGUCCUCUUGAAGACAUCUUUACUUUUAGAAAAAUAGUUUAGAAUCAAGUAGUAAUCAUGAGAGUUGUUUAAUGUCAAGUAGAAAUCAUUCGAAUUGUUCAUUAAAACAUGCAUGAACGUA